UUCCCCGGUUUUGCACAAAACGUGCAAUUGUACUAACCCUUGACAGAGGCUACAAUUGUACUGAAUUUGGCCUCUUUUUAGCAGACAGUAGAACUCUGCGUGGGUAAUGAAUUUAGAGAGAAUGGAGGUCCAGAGAUAAAAUCAACGCGUGUCAAUUGUAUUGGAUACUUUUCCGUGGUAAUGAUGAUAUAAAGAAUUAAAAAUGUAUGCGUUUUGUUUCCCCACUGAGAACAAGUUUCUCCCAUAAAUCAUUGCACACCUGAAAUUUGGUAACCUUGGCGAGGUCACUGAGCAAUAAAAUGGCGGCAAUUUUGCACUCUUUUCCCCUGCCUCAAGAGUUUCUCAGUUCAUCUGAGAUUUGAUUGGCAGAAGGUAGACUUCUUCUGUAUCACAGAAGUCAUGUCUGAUCUGAACAUUUUAUUCUGCCCUGAAGAUCUUCUCGCACAUAGAAAGAAGCCUUCUCAGUUACCACAGCAUGGAGGACAAAAAGCUUUUGCCCCAGAUGACGACAGUAGACCAGAUGAAACUUUGGCCUCCUUGAUGCGAGAAAAGAGAGAUAUCUUACAAGAACAAAGAGUUUUGAAGAAGGGUAACUUGUCUAUAGGAACUUGGAAUCCAGAUGAAAAAGUGGUUGACAUAUCAGUAUCAAAGGGUCCCCACUGGCAACAUUUUGGACAAAGGAAACAUGGGAAGUUGUUGUUACAGCCACAGGAAGCUCUUUUCCUUCUGGAGCAGGGAUCAUUGGAGCUGUACUAUGGUGGAUUACCAAUGUCCUUUCAACAGGCUUACAUGUCAAUGUUGUCAGAUGACUUCAACCCUGAUCAGUAUCUGGUUUAUACUUACUUUCUGCGCUUGGGAUUCAUUGUUUUACCACAUUCAUCUUCAAGACAGAACAGUGAAGAAAACCCAACUGCUGAAGGCAAAACUCAUCAGGAAACUGGACAGAAAGAGGAAAUAACAACUGGAGCUGCGACUGGUGAUGAUUACAAUGAUGAUGAUGUGAAUGUCAGUGAUAAUGAUGAUAAGAUACCCAACAUAUCGUCUCCUGUAGCCCACCUGUGGACGAGUAAAGAUGAUUGUAGACCACUUGUAAGGCCUGAAGAUGCAACCUCAACAGCUGCAGUUUUGUCAAAGUUACAAGUGAUCAAGAAUCAAAGAAUGACAGAAGGAAACUGUAUGGAACCAAGCUCAGCACAGCAAUCUCUGCAAAUAGUAUUGGAUGUUUAUCAGCCAGGACUGAACUUCAAGAAAAGUGAUCCAGGACCGCCAGAUUUUUGUAUCACUGUUUGCAGGUUUUGUGACCCUCCCCCUUCACUGGCAGCUUUAACUGUUCUGAGAAAGGAGUGCUCUCCAGUUCCGCUCAAGAUCGCUCUGGUUGAUGGUGGAAGCGUUUCUUUUUACAGUGUGAUAGAUGUGGAUAGCCCGACUUUUAUUACGAGAGGUUAACACUUCGAGGAAACUUUUCCAAAUCGGACAGGGAGUCGAAGCAUCAAGCUCGCCUGCGUGCGCUUGUAUCAGCGUGUUUCUCAAGGCGGCCAUGCUCAGAAGCUGAGGCCAAGAAAACAACGUGCGAGCGCCAUGAGGCUACUAAAUAACGCUCUAACCUAUGAAAUGCUAUCUGCAAUGACAACAUAGUGUCACAACUAGGAAGGCUGGUACAGCGCUUUUAAAUUUCGCUGCCCUGAAGAACAGUUCAAUCGUCUCGCAGACUUGACUCUCUGCAACACGCUCAUUUGCGAAGAAACCAUACAUGUAUAGAACAGGUUAUAUGUUACUAAAUCAAAAGUCAUUAUUUGAUGUCCAAAAUUACGUUAAAUUGAAGCAAACUUAAAGUAACAUUUACAUUAAAUAAAUUGGAAAGAAAAACACCAAGAAUCAUAAAAAAGAAAACCAAAGGGGCGUGAAUCUUGGCGGGAUUUAACAGGGCUCGGAACGUGCACAUCUAAAAUAAUCUUUUCUUUCCUUUACAUAAGCCAGAGACAUCGACCAUUUAUUUUUCCAGGGGUUUAAGUUAAGUCAUUGUUAAGGUGCUUAGUUUUCUUUUGUUCGAGUCUGACCCUGAAAUCAGAAGUCACCACAAAAUUGACCAAAAUCUUUUACUCAGAAGUAAAGCCGAAGAACCAAUACGGGAUGGCAGUGUUCCAUGUCUGUUUAACAUUCAGUUAUGUUUCAAAACCGACUUCCCCUCUCCUUGCGUCAACGUGUAUAGUUCGUGAGCCUUUUCCGUCUGAAAUAGCGUAUUGAGUUAAAACAUUUUUGUCUGAAAUGGGCUAUGCUUUGUUGUAUGGCCUGAAUUAGGUAUGUUUUCAGUUUUAUUAGAAAAAAACAUGGACAUCGCGGAAUCUUACACCGUUCUCAAAUGUUUAGGCAAAUGGAAGCCAUUCAUGGUUAGCUGAAGUCACGUUAUUAGAGACGUCUGAAAAUUUUAUUGCUCAGAAAAUGGUUAUCAAUUUUUCUGUCAGGUCUGUAAUAGGGUGUAUAAAAUCACUUUUUGAUGUAAAGUUUAUAUGAAAUAUUUCAUAUCUGAACUGCG